UUUUUUUUGUCUUUCCUUUUUUUUACUCGUUAUCUUUAUGACUGUCCCUACUGGAACGUUACAAGCCUUAAAAAAGUUCUCUACCUGUGAAAUAGCUGAUGCAUUAUUAAAACUAGGUCAACGACCAUGGGGUGGAUAUAUACCUGACAUUGAUAUGUGGUCUCCAAACCAUUGUUCUGGUGAUACUCGUAUUAUAGGUCCUGCUUUUACUGUCAAGUUUGUUAAAAAAGAAGAUGACUCUGCACCAAAACCAUCACAACAUUUUGUGGAUGCAGCUACUGAAGGUAGUGUCAUGGUUAUCUCGGCACCUCCAGAUGUCAAGAAUGCCUGUUGGGGAGGAUUAAUGUCUGCACGUGCUAUGGCAAGACAAGUGCAAGGUGUAGUGAUUGAUGGCCGAGUACGUGAUCUUGCUGAACAUCGUAGUAUGAAAUUCCCGGUAUUUGCAAAAUCACAUUCCAUUUUGCCACAAAAUGCAUUUGUUCGACCUUCUGAAAUUCAAGUGCCAAUUACAUUGUCGGGUUCACCUGUAGUGAUUCAUCCUGGCGACAUCAUGGUUGCAGAUAUGGAUGGUGUUAUUUGUGUCCCUGUGGGUUUGGUGGAAAGUGUCAUCAGCAACUGCGAAAAAUAUACAGCUAUCGAUGAUCAAUGUAUGAAGGCUCUCCAAGAAGGCCACGGAAUCCAGGAAACUUUUGCCAAAUACAGGGGUUAGAUGGAUCCAUACCGAUUCUUUUCUAUUGGUGGUUGGUCCAACUGAUCUUGGUUAGUUCAUUUAGCUAUGUAUCCUUCCUUAUCUUUCUGUUCGAUUAUUGAAUAAAAUUAUGUUGUAUAGUGCGUAUGAAGUAUCGUAAUCUCUACGUCAAUGUUGCUUAUAAUCUUGUCACCAUCAUCAUCAUCAUCAUCAUC